CGAUAUUGAACAUGUGAGCCAUGAUGCACCAUGUGCUGUCCGAUAUUUCUCCGUGAUAGUGAAUCGAACUGCAGGAAUAAAGCGAACCAUAUAAUGAUCCAUCUUGUCUUCUUCCCCCUUGUUGCCAACGUUCAUCUUGUCGAUCAAGUCCAAGUUCCUCCAUGUCAGCUCCAAACACUGCCGGAACCGCCAUACUUGGCGCGGGUAUCUUCGCCAAGGAAGCACACCUUCCUGCACUGCAAGCACUUGGUCCUCUCGCGCCAAAGCUUAAAGCCGUUUACUCGCGAUCAGAGAAGAGUGCGCGUGAAUUGGCUGCCCAAGCAACAACUCUCCUCAACACUACUCCUGAUGUCUACUUCGACGGAAAUCCAUCUUCCAAUCUCGAUGCACUUCUUGCCAGAUCUGACAUUUCAUCCGUUAUCAUCAUGCUCCCAAUCACCCAACAGCCCUCCAUCGUCUUGAAAGCACUCGCCGCCGGCAAACACGUGCUAAGUGAAAAGCCUGUUGCACCGGACGUGGCGUCUGGUGUCAAAUUGAUCGCUCAGUAUGAAGCCCAGUAUAAGCCCAAGGGGCUUGUGUGGAGAAUAGCUGAAAAUUUCGAAGCCGAGCCGGGCUAUAUCGCCGCUGGCCGUGCUAUCGCUGCCGGCAAGAUAGGAAAAGUCGCCUUCUUCAACUCUCAUAUCGUCAACUUCAUCGAUCAAGAUUCGAAAUGGUAUAAGACCCCGUGGCGUACUGUUCCGGACUAUCAAGGAGGCUUCCUGCUCGAUGGCGGUGUGCACUCUGUCGCGGUUCUUCGCGUCGUACUCCCGAGUGCAAUGACUCACCUGUCUGGGUUUGCAUCGCUAAACAAAGAGUGGCUUGCACCUCACGAUACCAUUAACACAAUCAUAAAGAACGCAGACGGUUCACAUGGCACCUUUGAACUCAGUUUCGCUGCACCCAGCUCGUCUCGUUCUAACGCAGGUCGAGGUACUGUCAUCACCGGUACAGAUGGAUGGCUUCAAGUUCAACAAACCCUGGCUCGUGACCUCAUUCACAACAUCGAUAAGCCCAUCAUUCGCGUCACUAUCGAGUCGGCCACCCGUGAUGCAAAUGGGGUACUUGGCCCCGAAAAGGAGGAGGUCAUCGAUGAGCCUAUCAGAGGCAUAGAAAUGGAGCAGGCGAGCUUUUUUGCAGCCCUGGAUGGAAAAGAUGACGGCCUUGGCAGCCCCCUUGGUGCACUGAAGGAUGUUGCGGUUAUUCAGGCUGCCUUGAAUAGUGGUGGUGAACUCAUCGAUCUUGAGAAGCUCAUCAGCCAGUCCUAGAUGGACAUGCGGCACGAAAAAGUCGGGGAAGCAGCACAAAACGAUUGGCGUGUGAUUAUGGGAAUUGUUAUCGACGGCAGCCAUACGCGUAUAUGUAUCCUGAUCUGAUAUUCUGAUGUCCUGUGUCCCUUGUAGGCAGUUUUGGAUCCCUGCUUGAGUAAAUGAUGGUAAUGCACUAUGUCUGCUCUCACGCUGGACAAGCGCUGGAA